GCUCGGCCAAAAACCUUAUUUGCAUUCUGACUCCAUCGUUCUGCAGAGCAAUGUGAAAAGUGAUGACUCAGCCGAUGACGUCAUCCUCAUUUCUGUCCAGCCCGAGUGAAGCAACAACACAAGUGAGUAAGCGCACCAGCAAAGGUUACAAUUCGCACUCUCAGGUGCUAUCAUGUGGCCCACUCUGCUUUUCAUUACUGGCAUUGGCGCUCUUACUUCCAACAGAGUGGACGCCUUUGCGGCGGCUGAAUCCACCAAGGAUUCUGGUUACUUGCGCCCACCGUCCCGCCUUUUCGCAAUUGCUGCUGCCAAUGACGCGAAUGAAAACCAGCCACUCCAUCUGGCCACUUACUUUCAAGAGCCCUUCCAGGUAGCAGUGUCACAACUGUCUCCCUCGAGAAUCGUAGAUAUGCUUCCCGCGGGAUCUUCUUCUACCAGCGACAACAAUAAUAAUGCCAAACCCCUUCGCCAGCAGCUCUUCACGUCACCUUUGAUAUCGGUGUUGUACGAGCGGGUGCUCCCGCCGCUGUGGGAGGCAGGACUCCGGAUUGGUGGACCCGAUGCCGAGUAUCGGGCCGCAGAAGCAUUUUUCAGGCAACAGUUGGAUGAUGAGAGCGGCAGCAAAAAUUAUGAUUCAUCUCCAAGAGUGCUCUUGGAUUUGUCGUGUGGCACGGGGUUUGUCGGACUAAGGUUUGCAUUGAAACAAAAACAGAGCCUUUUUGACCACGUCUUUGCACUGGACUAUUCUCCCCAAAUGCUGCAAGAAUUGGUCAGUUCGGUUCAGCGACGACGACAAAAGGAGGUCACGCCAAAACUAUCCAUUCUGCGAGGAGAUGCACAAAACUUGCCAUUUCAAGAUAAUUCCAUGGAUGCCAUUCAUUGGGGUGCUGCCAUGCACUGUGUUCCAAACGCGGAACAAGCGCUACAAGAAGUCUAUCGAGUCUUGAAACCAGGUGGGAUCCUCUAUGCGACAACUUUUCUGCGGCCCUUUCCCGAUCUGGUGUUUCGAUUCUUUACCGUGCCAGAAUUGCAGGUCAUGGCCAAACAGGUGGGAUUUGGCACAACAAAUACCAAAAAUACAGUCGACAACACUACAAACACAGCGAUAUCUACUAGUAGUGCCUUGAAAGUCGAAGGAAAGGGAGUCUAUGGUAUCCUGAAAGCAGUGAAAUGAACAGUGUGGAACCGGUCACUGCAUACAAUCCCAGGCCAAAGCCUCAGCUGCUCAGACAGAGGAAUGGAAACAGCGAGGUCGGAUGGUCUCCGGAAUGAAUGAAGGGUACAUCGAAUGACUUUACACUCUGUCUUCCUCCAUGAAUCAGCGUUGCCACCGACAAAGAGCAGUCACUGCCUACAGAUACAAAGUUGCAAACCAGAUCGAACGUCAUUUGGUUGUGCUCGUUGAGAGACUCCCCUAUUUAUUAAACUAUAGCUGAUUUCGUAGCGGUGCCAACGGCAAAGUUUUGUAGUUGGUCCACUUUUGCCGUGGCGCCCCAUUCCCUGUACAAAUUGAUG